CCGAUCCCCUUUCCUUUUUCUUGCCUUUGAUGCAAUGACGAAAUCCGCUGACGAUAGACUUCCACCAAGGAUUCUUUCGAAAAUCAUCAAUCACCUUCCUCCAUUGUCACUGUUCACCGCGUCACAAGUCAACCGUCGAUGGUCGCGUAUUGUCAAGGACCUGGGUGCUCUUCGGCUUGAUUUCCGAGCGUGUGGUCCUGAUGCCACCGUUAGUGACUAUAUGGAUAUCCUGAAAGCUCAACUCCAAAUAGUCAAUUGCCAAGGUAUUCAUUAUGUACUCGUUUACUCUCCACGGUCAUUAUCCUCCGUAGUAUUUGACCGAUUACAAGCUCUCUGUCCGAAUGUCGUCUAUUUUGAUUAUUACUGUACACCACCCUUGGAUGAUCCUCAACGUUAUCCUCCUCUCGCAAGAAAACCUCAUUUCUUUUCGCCGUCGCCCACGAGUCCUAAUGGUUGGAAACAUAUUCGUCAUCUUCCUUCGUGUCAUGGUGACAAAGGCUUUCAAUGGAUACCCUAUUAUGCUGAUCAACUGACCACACUUCAUGCUCACCCGACCGAUUUUGUCAAGGUAACACUUGUUGAGAAAAACUAUAUGUUGCUGACCACACCUGACCUGCCUUACCUGACAGAUUUGGUGCUAGACAUUCCUCACAAACUGGAUGAACGCGCCCUGCAUGAUAUUCACCAACAUUGUCCUCGCCUAACGACAUUGACAUUACGCCGCAUGCAAAUCAACUGUCAUUACCCGAACAAAGAAGGAUCGAAAUCCGUGCUGCAAUCACUGACACUUGAUCGUAUCACGCUUAGUUCUUUUCAUAACCUCCUGUACCUCACCUAUGCCUACCCUGAACUUCGCCGCCUUAUUGUCCGAUUGGAUUAUCAAAUCGUUCUUUCCUCUGCCGCCAAAGAUCCCAAGCAACUCAAUCAGAUCCGUAUUCAUUGGCUCAACAUGAUCAUCCGAUUACAUCGACUCAUUUGUUUAAAGGUGGUACUGGAAAAUUGGUAUUUUCAAGAUUCUCCCGUGUUGGAUGUAUGGCCUUGUACGGAACUGAUCCGAUGGUACAAAAGUACCAGCAAGAAGAAACUGACAUGCUUUGAAACAAGAUUUGGUGAUAUGUAUGUGGAUCUUAAAUGUCUAUUGAACCCUGAUCCUAGUGGAAAUCUGAAUAUCCCAUGGACAAAGACGAAUGCUGCUUUAAAAACCAAUGAUUGGCCUAUAUGAUAGUAUAUAUAUUAUGAAUUAUUUUUUAGUCAAUAAAAUGUUAUUUUCUUC